AUGAGGGACAGUAGGAGUUUCCCGCCACCCGAGCAGAAAGGACAGAUGACAGACGCUUGGAUCUUUGACGCCCUAGCGGAUCAGUGGUCUCGAUGGCUGCCUCCGUCUGCCAUCCGCACCGUACGAAGGUGGCUCCUAAUAAACGCCACAGACCCUGCGCAGCAGCUUGAAUGGCUUGUGGCUGAAUUACACGAAUCGGAAGCCAAGGGCGAAAAGGUGCACAUCAUCGGUCACAUGCCUCCUGGCACCCACUUCGCACUGUCCGUGUGGAGUGAGAACUACCACCGCAUCUUGGAAAGGUAUGAAUCUACAGUCCGCGGUCAGUUCUUUGGGCACACGCACCGUGACGAGAUCGAGGUGGCCUACGACUCUACGGACGACAGCCGUGCAAUCGGAGUCGCUUAUCUCAGUCCAAGCCUGACAACCUACAUCACGGGAAUCCCAUCCUUCCGAGUAUUCACUGUAGAUGGUGGUCACCCCGGGGCGUCGUGGUCAGUGCUGGAUCACCACACGUACCUGCUGAACCUGACCGUGGCGAACGCGCAACCUGAUGCGCGACCUCGUUGGGAGCUCGAGUACAGCGCGCGUGCCGCGUACAACCUGGAAAGGCUCGAACCGCAACAGUGGCAUGUCGCGCUCACGAAGAUGGAACACGACGACGAGUUGUUCUACAAGUUCUACAGAUUCUACACGAAGGGGCUGCUGUCGCGCUGCAAAGGUUCGUGCCGGAGGAGGCUUCUGUGCCAGCAGAGGACCGCCAUCUCGACGAACCUGGAGCACUGCGGGGUUCCUGCGGCUGCCGCCUCCGGCGCUCCACGGUCAGGCUCCCAGGUCCCGUGGGCGUUCGCUGUUGUGACCGUUGCGACCCUUCGGCGUCAGUGAUUCGUCCUUUUUUAA